CACAAGAGAAUGGGGAAACCAGCUGGGUAUUGGGUGAAUAAGAUCAGGACAUCAUUCAAAGGAGGAUCGUCUUCGAGCAAAUCGUUGGAUGAAGGAAGCACUUCUGGUUCAAGAAAGAACGGUUCGAAGCAUAGUAAGAAUCUGAAAGCAGAGGAAGCUAAUAAGAAUGGUGGUGAAGGAGGAGUUCAAGUUGAGAGUGGGAGGAAAGUGAUGGUUGUUGUGGACACAACUUCACAAUCUAAGAAUGCUCUUCAAUGGGCAUUAACACAUUGUGUUCAAGAUGAAGACAAUAUCACUCUCCUCCAUGUUACAAAAACACCCGUAGGACAAGCUAUAGAUGAGACACAAAGGGAGAGAAACUCAAGGGCUCAUGAAUUAGUUCAUCCGUUGAAGAACUUUUGCCAACUCAAGAAACCUAACGUCAAAACAGAGGUAGUGGUGGUGGAGACGGCAGAGGAGAAAGGGAAGACGAUAGUUGAGGAAUCAAAGAAACAAGGAGCAGGAGUUUUGGUUCUAGGGCAGAGAAAGAGAACCUCCAAGUGGCGCGUGAUCUGGAAAUGGCGUGCGAAGGGAGGAAUGGGAGGAGGAGUUGUUGAGUAUUGCAUUCAUAACUCUGAUUGUAUGGCUAUUGCCGUAAGGAAGAAGAGUAACAAUGGAGGUUACUUGAUCACCACGAAACGUCACAAAGAUUUCUGGCUCUUGGCUUAAUUAUCUCAUUAUUACAUCACACCAAAUUGAUCUUAAAUUCCACUUUUUAUUUUGUAAUCGAAAUGAAUCUUUCCAAAUUGAUGGUCUGUAUUCGUCAAAAGAAUUUGUUUUCAUGUAAAGACUUUAUAAUUUGUCAA